UACGAAUCCAGCGAAAUCCUUCAACAUAGCAAAUACCAAACGUUUUCAAUGGCAGCAUAUCCUUCCAGUGCUAGGAUAUCAUCUGUUUCUUUAAAAAAUAAAGUCCUUCAGACUCCCUGUUUUAUCUUCCCUACUUCUAAGGGAACAAUUCCUCAUUUAACACCUGACAACAUAAAUCACAAUGAGGUUCCGGUUGUCUACUUUGGGCUAGAAGAUUCAUUAGAUUUAUUAGAAAAGUCCCCUAUUUUAAACGCGGACGGUGAGAUUGACAAGUGGGUAGCAGGAACUCCUUCUCAAUCUAUCUUAAUAGCUCCUAGAAGAAGCAGUCCGCUUCCUUCUGUGUCUGCUGGCCCUCAUCAUAUUCAAGUCCUUACCUCAAGUGGAUUGAGAAAACUGACAAACGAAGUCUAUGUAAAGGCGAUUACCAAGCUUCGCCCUGAAAUAGCAAUUCCUCUGAAUGAUAAUCCCUCAAAUGCUCCUGGUGUAAAGAGAAAACCUAAAAUGAUAGAGCGGUCAGUUACCUGGACCGAUGAAUUACUGACCGUUUUGCAAAACAAGCAGCUUACAGAGAAAGUGAAGGUUUUCUUUCCCAUUCCGAACGUUGAAGCUCCUUUUUUGAAUCCUUUAAUAGAACGUUUUCGAGAAAAUGAUUACCAGCAAAAUAUUUCAGGAUUAGCCUGCUAUGGGAAUUUACAAUCCAUACCUUCUGAACUAUCCAUUUAUCCAAAAUUGUUUCUUCGUCCUUUGUUAACUCCUUUGGCAAUCUUACAAAGUAUUCAUCAAGGCGCUGAUAUCGUAAUGGCUGAUUUAGUAAAUCAAGCUUCCGAUGCUGGUAUAGUUUUCACAUUUUCUUUCCCUCCUCCUGUAGAGGACCUACAGAAUAGAAAGUUAGAGCUGGCUUGGGAUAUGUGGCAUAACCGUUUUGCUACGGAUCUUUCCUCUCUACAACCUGGGUGUAAUUGCAAUAUAUGUCAGUCAUAUAGCCGGGCUUAUGUUCAUCAUUUACUUCAGACGCGAGAGCUUGUUGGUUGGAUUAUGGUGCAACAACACAACAUACAUGUUUUCCACAACUUCUUUUGUGGAAUAAGAGAUUCUAUAGCAGCUGGAAGCUUUCUUGAAGAUACUGAACGAUUUGAAAGAAUUUACGCUCCUAACUUUCCUCGAACUACUGGUUUAGGACCACGAAAGCGAGGUUAUCAAAUGGAUUUGACCGAUGUUCAGCCUAUCGAAAAUAAACCCAACUGGGUUCAACUAAAAACCGAGACAGAUGAUGACAAGACCUCCCAUAUGAUUCAGAAAAAGGAAAAUGCUCAAGAAUUUCAAGAGCCUGAAUUACCUGAGAGAGAUACUACCGUUGGUAAUUUUGCUGAUACCUACGCAGCUCAAAGUGAAAAUAAAAGUGGAUCUGAAUUGGAGGAAGAUUUGCUUGCUGAGCUUGACGAAAUCGACGAUAGUGCUUAUCGAGAAAACCGAAUGCAAUCAUUGAAAGAAGAAUUUGAAAGAGUUUCCGCUGCCAAGGAAAAAGGUCAUAUGCAAUAUUUGACAGUUGAAAGUGAAAGAGAAGUAAUGGAUUUAACAACCUCUUCAAAGCGUGUAGUCAUCCAUUUCUUUCAUCCUGAUUUUAGACGCUGCAAAAUAAUGGAUUCGCACCUUGAGAAAAUAUCCAAAAGUCAUUGGGAAACUAAGUUUAUACGUAUCGAAGCAGCAAAUGCUCCAUUUCUUGCUUUAAAAUUGGGCUUAAAAGUGCUACCGGUAGUACUUUGUUACGUUGACGCAAGUCUCGUUAGUAAACUGGUUGGAUUCGCUGAUUUAGGGAAUAAUGACGAUUUUGAUACACCCGUGUUGGAGUUUUGGUUGUUAAAAUGGGCUGCAAUAGAAAAGAUAAAGGAGAAUAUUCCUCAAGGGAAAAAGUCAAUUAUGGGAUUUAAGGAUACGAAAAAUGAAUCAGAAGACAGCGAUUUAGAUUAAUUUAUAGAAAAGAUUUAGAUAAAGUACCAAAAAGAAAUUUAAAUACAAUCCAUGAUCAUAGGUACCACCUUUUUACGGCUAGCAGCGGAGUUCCUUUGGUUAAAUACAACUAUAGUGUUCCCUUCAAUGUUUGCUAAGAGUUCUAAACCUAAGUCUUUUUGAUGUUUCUCCAAAAAUUUUUCAGCAAAUGAUCCUCCCUGCUUAGUUCUUCUAUAUAAUAUCAUUUGACGACGAAAUUCUUCCUUUUUGCUUAGGGAAAGUCCAAUAAUUACAAGAUCUGUUUGCUUCUCUUCGGCAAAUUCCUUCAAUUCUUGUUGCCAAUUAUUCCGCUUCUCGACAAUCCAAUCAAUUCCUUUUCCUAUGCUGGGAUAGGAUAUAGACACAUUUCCUGGAGCGUAUUGUUUUAAAUCUCGAUGUAAAAGAUCCAUAAAAGAAAAUCCUUUAAAGCUUCCUUUUCUGUCUUUUAAAGUAUUGAAAAACUCAUCACGAUCCCAUCCAGAUGGAACGAACUGGAAUAACUGUUCUGCUACCUCAACAUCAGUAUCUGUAGUCUUUUCAUUUUUGAGAUUUCCAGUAUCGAUAAGUAAAGGACCAAGCGCUAAAACGGCUAUAUCUUCUGCUUCCUUUUGACUUUCCGUUGAUUCAUGAAGAGACUUCAGUAAAUCCAUGAAAUAUUGACUCACAAGAGUUGAACAACUUCCGCAUUCUUUGAUAAUUCUAGGGUUGGCAUGUAAAUAAUUACCUUCGUCUUUGUGGUGAUCAAUUACACCCUCCACGCUUCCUUUGAAUUUAGCUACUUCUUUACGGUCUAGGGCAUUGUGAUCAACCAAAUGAAUAGGAGACGAGUAGAACCUUUCGGGUACUGUCGCAACUUCAUUAAGAAAUAUUAAAUUAUCUGUGUGUAAUUUUAGCAUGUCAAGAAGACAUAACAACUCUGGGCGAAGACGAAGCUCAUUUUUAGGAAUAUUAAAAAAAGGGACAACGCACCUUUCACGAAGCUUAUGUUGCAAGAAAUAGGCGUAAACUAUAGAAGUAGCACAGCUAUCCAAGUCUAAUAUAUAUGUUAACG